GAGAAAGCAUCCUGCUGUGGAGAAACAUAGGGAAGCCGAUAGCCAAGGGGAUUAGAAGCGCCCCACCUACUAGGGAACUAGAAGAGUCCCAGUAGGCAUGGCUCAGCCAGCCUGACGAGGUCUGAAAGACCGAAACGCGCGUCAUCCAACAUGUGUUUGACACCGCAUUUGGCGCGGACUCGGAUUGCUUUCUUUCAGGGUCCUCGGGGGGUCUUGCGGUUGGUGUGGACGUUGCCUGGACAGGUUGUCAAUGGACAGUGCCUCUAUCCCCUACCCCCCACCCCCUACUCCUAAACCUAACCAGCCCGUGCCUCCAAUCUGCUGUCGGGCGACGUCCUACCUUCGUGAGCCUACUCGGGACCUUGUCGGACAUUCAGCAGAUCUUGGAUCAGCUAGCUCAACACCAAAGGGAUAAGAUGGUGGCCUACAUUAAUAUGUUGGAGUAUGAGAAGCGAGCGGUCUCUCUCCUCGCUAUGAAGGAGAAGGAAGAUUUCAAGUACCAAGCUGUAAAGGAGAAGGAGGAGGCCUUGAAGGAGAUGGAAGAGGCGUUCACGGUGAAAAAAGAGGACUUACGCUGAGCUGUGAAGAAGAAGGAAGAAGCCUUAGACCGAACAGUGAAGGAGAAUGAAGAGGUAAUUGAUUUGCGUGGACCCCGACUUAAACAAGUUGAAAAACUUAUUGGGGUGUUACCAUUUAGUGGUCAAUUGUACGGAAUAUGUACUGUACUGUGCAAUCUACUAAUAAGAGUUUCAAUCAAUCAAUCAAUCAAAAGGCCUUGAAGGAGAAGGAAGAGGGCUUGAAGAAGAUAGAGGCCUUACACCAAGAUGUGAAGGAGAAGGAAAAGACGUUGAGGGAGAAUAAACAGGCCUUGGAGGAUAAAGACUGGGCCGUACGCCAAGCUGUGACGAAGGAGGAAGAGGUGUCAACGGAGAAGGAAACGGUGUUGAAGGAGAAAGAAGAGGGCUUGAAAGAGAAAAAGGUCUUACGCCGAGUUGUGGUGGAGAAGGAAGAGACGUUGAAGAAGAAAGAAGAGGCCUUACGCCUAGCUGAGAAGAGUAAUGGAGCCUUACACCAAUCUGUGAAGGCGACGGAAGAGGCGUUGAAGGUGAAGGAAAAAGAGUUGAAGGAUAAAGUAGAGGCCUUACAGCGAGUUGAGAAGGAGAAGGAGGCCUUAAACCGAGAUGUGAAGGAUAGGGAAGAGUGGUUGGAGGAGAAAGAACAGGCCUUGAAGCAGAGAGACUGGGACUUAGACCGAGCUGUGAAGGAGAAGGAAGAGGUGUUGAAGGAGAAUAAAACGCUGUUGCAGGACAAAGAAGAGGUCUUGAAAGAGAAAGAGGCCUUAAGCAGAGUUCUGGAGGAGAAGAAAGAGUCUUUGAAGAAGAAAGAAGAGGCCAUACAGCGAGUUGAGAAGGAGAAUGAGACCUUACACCAAGAGAAGGAAGAGCUCUUGAAGCGGGUGAAAGAGUACCCAGAGGAGAGAGACAGCUUCAGAAAGGAGAUUUGCAACUUAAAAAAGGACGUUAUCGACUUAAAAUUGAAGUUGCUUCAGAGAGAAUGUGAAGUUGAGCUCCCAGAAGACAAGAAAGAAGAUAAAAGUGGUGAAGGGACCAGCCAGGACCCGGACGUUGAGAUGCCGCCGGCCAAAAAGCCAAAAAAUAAGAAGCGCAAAUAAGGGCCAGUACCACGGGCUCUAUGCUGCAGAGAGGUGUGGUACCAUGUGGCACCAUGUGGUACCAUGGGUUGAGUGCUGCUGCUGUCCCACAUUGUAGUCAAUAAAAAAAGAUUGACAAAUG